AUGGGGAUCAGGCUUUGGCACCUGGCGAAAUCCAUCGGAACUGUGGGUAUCUUCGACAUCAUGGGCAACGGCAUACCUCUGCCCGUCUCAGUUGGCGUCCUUCGAAGCGCCGUGCGUUGGAGCGUUUACUUUAUGUGGCGGCAAUUCGACUCCAGGACCCAGCAGGCCGUCUACAAAUGGUCACGACUUCUCGAUUGCCCAAGUUUGGCGACGCCGGAGGGCUUCCUGCACUAUACCACUUUCAUGUGGCGCCUGUCUGUUUAUGGCGACCUCUUCGCUUCCACCAAGAGCCACAAGUCUAUUAGCGCGCAGGAUGAACAACGCGACGACGAUGAUGACGACAACAACAACGACAAUGACGACAACGACGACGACGAUGAGGACGCAAAAGAGCCUCAAAGUGCGGUCAACCGCUCCGGCAGUUCUGGAAGCUCCGGAAGCGGCAAGGACAAGCACAACGGGACUAACAGUGGCAACACCGCGACUGAUUUAACGGAAGCGAUUCUCCUGUCUAAGGUGCGCCCAUGGCUGUCCAUUUUGGCAUGA